AUGCUUCCGCUGACUAAUUAUGCACACAAUUAUGACCUUCCUGUUUUUCUCCUGUCGGAUCUAGACCCCCCCGACGUCGGUAUACGGAGUCCUUUCUCGCCCUAUUCCGGUAUCAAAAUGGCAGAGCCGACACAGAGGCCACCACCUCUCUUUGCCAAGCUCUUGCGAUUGGACAAUCCCAUUCGAAGCUUGACUGUUGCAUUCUGGCUCUGGAAGGUGUUAUUAUAUUGGGUGGUGACCCUCUGCCCAGGGCCAGGCUAUGACACCUCCACCUCAUUGCUGUCGUAUGUGGACACGGGUAUUCAGGAGUCUCCCUCGGGGCCUCUACAAUUCGCCCGAUGGGACAGCAUCUAUUUUGUGGAUAUCGCUGAAAAGGGAUACACCUUUGAGCAACAAUGGGCCUUUGGUUACCCAAAGCUGUUGAGUCUCUUCGUCUCUGGCAUUCGGCUAUCUGGCGGUGUGGUAGGACCAGCUAGUACGGCAAUGGUGGGAGUAGCGCUCUCCCAUGUCACACAUUACUUGUCCGUAUUGGCUCUCUAUCGUCUAUCAGCCAAUAUCUUUGGUCAUGCCACUGCUACUCAACACCUCAUCUGCUUCCUGUCGGCAGCGCUGCACAUCAUCUCGCCGGCGGGCGCCUUUUUGUCCGCGCCUUAUGGAGAGCCGGUCGUCUCUUUCCUCAACAUGACUGGCUUCUAUCUCUACUCGUCAUCGCUAAUUGCCGAACGAAAUGGCUCAACGCGUCUUCGAGACAUGCGGGUCCUGACAUCUGCGGUUCUUUUCGCGGUUGCCACUUUGGUUCGCAGCAAUGGGCUCCUCAGCGGGUUUCUCUUUGCUUACGAUGCGGUCGUCUUGGCCUGGAAGAUCGUGACACGGGGGCCAACGGUGCACAACACUGUUCGUCUUGCUGUGAUCAUCCUCGGUGGAUGUAUCGUUGCAUCUAGCAUUGCCAUCCCCCAGGCUCUCGCAUACCGGAUAUACUGUCUGAACGAGUCCGACGUCCGCCCAUGGUGUGAGUGGACCGUACCUAGCAUUUACGGCUGGGUCCAGAGCCACUAUUGGGAUGUUGGCUUCCUGCGGUACUGGACGGUUUCCAACAUACCGCUUUUCCUGUUGGCGGCACCCAUGUUGGUCAUCUUGUGCCGUUCCUCGUGGUGGGCUUUGACCAGCCCCUCGUCAUCUUCUACCAGCCCGGGAUCAAUGCUCACUCGGCUCGCGAUUCCCCAGGGCAUCCUGGCGGUCAUGGCAUUCACCAGCUACCAUGUCCAAAUCAUCAAUCGAAUUUCAUCAGGAUACCCCUUGUGGUAUUGGUAUCUGGUUACGAGUGCCGUGGACUAUGAUACCAGCACACUCAAGAAGAGCCGCACUUUGAUUUUCGCUGUUUACGGCAUGGUGGCAUAUGCGUUGAUCCAAGGGGUUCUUUUUGGUUCCUUUUUGCCGCCGGCGUGA